CCGAGAAGCCGGAAACAGCAAGCUAGGGCAGCCAGGGUUUAGAGAGGAGUAAGUGAGUGUGUGUGUGUGUGUGUGUGUGUGUGUGUAUGUGUGUGUUUCUUUCUGCUGCUGGUGGUGGAUCGAGUGCUAGCAAGGCCUGCCCCGCACUCGCUGGACAGAGCUACAGACCCAUGGGGCCUGGCAGUGCCCGCUGAGAGAGGGAGAAGACGGCAGAGGGGGUGCCAAGGCACCCUCCAAACCCUAGAUCAUGUCUCUGUGGGGUCUGGUUUCUAAGAUGUCCCCAGAAAAACUGCAACAGCUCUAUGUUGACUUUCCCCAACACCUGCGGCACCUCCUGGGCGACUGGCUGGAGAACCAGCCUUGGGAAUUCCUGGGUGGCUCUGAUGCCUUCUGCUGCAACAUGGCUAGCACCCUGCUUGCAGCCACUGUGCAGCAUCUGCAGGCCUCGGCAGGAGAGCAGGGGAAGGGAAGCACCAUCUUGCAGCACAUCAGCACCCUGGAGAGCAUAUACCAGAGGGACCCCUUGAAGCUGGUGGCAACUGUCAGACAAAUACUUCAAGGGGAGAAGAAAGCUAUUAUGGAACAGUUCCGACACCUGCCAAUGCCCUUCCAUUGGAAGCAGGAAGAGCUGAAAUUUAAAACAGCCCUUCAGAGACUACAACACCAUGUAGGGGAGAUCCGACUUCUCCGAGAAACCCUGCAACAGGGGACUAAGGCUGGUCAAGUGUCUCUGCACAGCUUGAUAGACACUCCUGCCAACGGAACCGGUCCGCAUGAGGCGCUGGCCACAGUGCUGCAAGACACUGUUGGGGAGCUGGAGGCAGCCCGGGUUCUGGUGCUAAAGAGAAUCCAGAUUUGGAAACGGCAGCAGCAGCUGGCAGGGAAUGGAGCGCCCUUUGAGGAGAGCCUGGCAGCACUGCAGGAAAGGUGUGAAAGCCUGGUAGACAUUUAUUCCCAGCUCCAGCAGGAAGUAGGGGCAGCUGGUGGGGAGCUUGAGCCCAAGACCCGGGCAUCACUGAUCAGUCGGCUGGAUGAAGUCCUCCGAAGUCUUGUGACCAGCUCCUUCCUGGUAGAGAAGCAGCCCCCCCAGGUUCUGAAGACUCAGACGAAGUUCCAGGCUGGAGUUCGAUUCCUGCUAGGCUUGAGGUUCCUAGGAGCUUCAGCCAAGCCUCCUCUGGUCAGGGCUGAUGUGGUGACUGAGAAGCAAGCCAGAGAGCUAAGCCUGCCCCAGGGGCCCGGUGCUGGAACGGAGAGCACUGGUGAGAUCAUGAACAACACGGUGUCUCUGGAGAACAGCAUCCCUGGGAACUGCUGCUCGGCCCUGUUCAAGAACCUGCUCCUGAAGAAAAUCAAACGCUGUGAGCGGAAGGGCACCGAGUCUGUCACCGAAGAGAAGUGUGCUGUGCUCUUCUCCACAAGCUUCCUGCUCGGCCCCAACAAGCUUCCCAUCCAGCUCCAGGCCCUGUCUUUGCCUUUGGUGGUCAUCGUCCAUGGAAACCAGGACAACAACGCCAAAGCCACCAUCCUGUGGGACAAUGCUUUCUCUGAGAUGGACCGGGUUCCCUUUGUGGUCGCUGAGCGAGUGCCCUGGGAGAAGAUGUGUGAAACUCUGAACCUCAAGUUCAUGGCUGAGGUGGGGACCAACCGGGGACUCCUACCAGAGCACUUUCUAUUCCUGGCCCAGAAGAUCUUCAAUGACAACAGUCUUAGCAUGGAGGCCUUCCAGCACCGCUUUGUGUCUUGGUCACAGUUCAACAAGGAGAUCCUGUUGGGCCGUGGCUUCACCUUUUGGCAAUGGUUUGAUGGCGUCCUAGACCUCACCAAACGCUGUCUCCGCAGCUACUGGUCAGACCAGCUGAUCAUUGGCUUCAUUAGCAAACAGUACGUCACCAGUCUUCUCCUCAAUGAACCAGAUGGGACCUUCCUCCUCCGCUUUAGUGACUCGGAAAUCGGGGGCAUCACUAUUGCCCAUGUCAUCCGGGGUCAGGAUGGCUCUUCACAGAUAGAGAAUAUUCAGCCAUUCUCUGCCAAAGAUCUGUCCAUUCGCUCACUGGGGGACCGAAUUCGGGAUCUUGCUCAGCUCAAAAACCUGUACCCCAAGAAACCCAAGGAUGAGGCCUUCCGGAGCCAUUACAAGCCUGAACAGAUGGGGAAAGAUGGGAGGGGUUAUGUCCCAGCUAUCAUCAAGAUGACAGUGGAAAGGGACCAGCCCCUUCCCACUCCAGAGCCUAAGAUGCCUGCCAUGGUGCCCUCUUAUGAUCUUGGAAUGGCUCCUGAUCCCUCCAUGCAGCUCAGCUCAGAUAUGGUGUACCUGCCACAGUCCCACUCCAUCCCCUCAUAUCAAGGCCUCCCUCUAGAAGAAUCCAUCAGUGUGCCGCCAGCCUUCCAGGAGCCUCACAUGCAGAUGCCCCCUACCCUGAGCCAGAUGAGCCUGCCCUUUGACCAGCCUCACCCCCAGGGCCUACGGCCGUGUCAGCCUCCGGAGCAUACCGUGUCCAGCCCUGAAGGCUUGCUCUGCUCAGAUGUGCCCAUGACAGAAGACAGCUGCCUGACUCAACAAGUGGGAGGGUUCCCCCAGGGCACCUGGGUUGGUGAAGACAUGUUCCCUCCCCUGAUGCCUCCCACUGAACAAGACCUCACUAAGCUUCUCCUGGAGGGCCAAGGGGAAGCAGGCGGAGGGUCCUUAGGAGCUCAGCCUGUCCUGCAGCCCUCCCCCUAUGGGCAGUCUGGGAUCUCGAUUUCUCACCUGGACCUAAGGACCAACCCCAGUUGGUGAUCCCAGCUGGAGGAGCCCAGCGACAGCCCCUGCGCUGUCUCCCUGGACCUGCCCUGACACUUGCCUACGCAGGUGCCUCACAGUCCCACUGCUCCUUGAGCAGGAGGAAUUUGCCAGAACGCACCUGCACCAUGUGGAGAACCAUCCCACCCUUUCCUUCCUACAAUAUGCCAGUCUACCCUCUUCCAGCACUGAGGGAAGUGCAGGCUGCAAAGUGAGUUUUGUCCCAGCAUGCCUGCACCGCAGAACACACACACAUCUCAGCUAGAACCGGGACCACCUGAGCAGAGGGGGCUGGGCAGGAGCACAGGUUAGGGCACUGGGGCUCUCUCUGCUCACCCAGGAUCAGGGCGUGAGACAGAUACAGAAACACACACACACACAAAUUGGCACGAGGCCAGAGAUAGAGGAACAGGCCCAAAUCCCAGAAUUGGGGACACAAAGAAGUGGUUUAGGAGAUCCUGGGAGGGAGGACAGGAAGGAUCUAGACACAUGGUUGUUGGUAUGGACUUUGCCUACAUUAAAAAAAAACCAGAAUCUCUCAAAGCUCCAAAUUCUUGA